AUGAAACUCUCUUUGUUGAACCGAAAGGCUGAGCCAGAUGCCAAAGAUCCCACUUUUGUCCCGAUUGAAGACCGCAACGCCAUUGCCCUAGCCAGACUCAACACCCUCGAAGAAGACCUCAAUCUCACCUCGACAGAAUACCAAACAUGCGUCUCGAUACUCUUUGUCGGAUACGUCAUCGUCGGUAUCCCCGCAAACAUGGUCGUGACGCGAGUCCGCCCAAGCCUGUGGAUGAGCUCCUGCAUGGCCGUCUGGGCCAUCAUUAGUGCCCUCACGGCAGUCAGCCAGAAUUACACGGGCUUACUGCUCACUCGCUUCUUCCUCGGCAUCACCGAAGCGCCUUACUAUCCAGCAACGGCCUUUGCUGGAUUAAUUGCGCUUGGGACCUUCCAGAUGCACGGCAUGGCCGGUAUCGCGGGCUGGAGAUGGCUUUUCAUCAUCCAGGGCGUAGUCACCCUCAUCAUCGCCAUAAUAGCCUUCUUCAUCCUUCCCGAUGAACCCCUCACUACGAGAUGGCUAAGCCCAGAAGAGCGUAUCCUAGCCAACGAGCGCAUUUUGCGAGACACGGUCGGAAACACUGGCCAAACUACAACCUGGUCCGGUCUCCUUGAGGCUGCCAAAGAUCCGAAGGUCUGGCUCUUCACUGCAAUGCAACACUGUCAUCUUGGCGCCAACGGGUUCAAGAACUUCUUUCCGACCGCGGUUGAGACUUUGGUCUCCAUGGUUGUAUUCUCUGUGGGGACAUAUGCAGUGAACUCAAUCAUACUGGGGUGGGUCUCGGCGACUUGCUCCCAGACGAAAGAGAAAAAGGCAUCCUCCCUCGCCAUCGUCAACUGCAUCGCCGUCGCAUCCUUCAUCUGGACACCCUACAUGUGGCCAAAGUCCGACGAGCCUCGAUACGUCAUGGCGAUGUCUUCGAGCGCGGCGCUUAGCGUUGCGACUGCCAUGGGCGCGUGGGCGAUGCGGUUCUGGCUCAAGAAUGAGAACAGGAAGAUUCGGCAAUCCGAGAACGAAAACGUUCUAUUUUAUGCGUACUGA